CUGUUUUGUGCAACCUCUGACCAUGCGUAACCGGUAGAAAAUUCAUGGAGUCAAGAUUGUAAUAGCGUGACUAAAAUAUAUCACCGUAACGUUUCGGACAUUUAAGGACUCGUUCUGUAAUUAUGGCAAUAACAGCUGACCUCAUCCGCGAGAAAAUGAUAGCGGAGAUUGGAGCAGUACAUGUGGAUGUUGAAGAUACCUCCCCAAACAGAUGUGCUGCUAGUUUCAAGGUUCUUGUGGUGUCUCCCCAAUUUGAAGGAAAGCCACUAUUACAGAGGCACAGAAUGGUGAACACCUGCUUGGCGGAAGAACUAAAGGAGAUUCAUGCCUUUGAACAGAAGACCCUAACGCCGGAACAGUGGGAGAAACAGAAAGCACAGUGAUAUAUAUACACAAGCAUAUGCACACACACACACACACACACACACACACAGUUGAACAAAACAGACAUCACUAUCAUACAAUGAAACAAGGACUGGAAAGACAGGAAAAGUUGCUAUCUUCAUACCAUGGAUGUUUCAGCCCCACAACACCCACUACAAAAAUAACUCUUGACUAAAAGCAUGCUAUUAUCCCGUACUGCCAGUUCACAUUACAGCCUUUUUUAUCUUCAUCUCCUAGCUUAAACAAGGUCUACCAGUUUCAGCCAUCUUUGUCAUGUACACCGGAAAACAUUAAAAGUCUGUGGUAAAGGAGGAAAAAAAA